CAGCUGACGCCCCAUGGUGACAGGAUCAGCAGGAAAAGCAGCGCUGUGGACAUCCAGCAGACUCCUGCAGCAUGGACAGCGAUGAUGAGAACUUAGAGGAGGUUGUGGAAGGUCCAUUGGAUGAAGAUGGUCAGCCCCAUGGCUUCUGCACAAUGACCUACUCAUCCAGUGAUCGUUUUGAAGGACACUUCACCCACGGAGAGAAGAAUGGCAAGGGCAAGUUCUUCUUCUUUGAUGGAAGUACCCUGGAGGGUUUCUAUGUAGAUGAUGCUCUGCAGGGCCAGGGGUUGUAUACAUAUGAAGAUGGGGGUGUCCUCCAUGGGACGUAUGUAGAUGGCGAGCUCAAUGGGCCUGCUCAGGAGUUCAAUGGAGAGGGCAGCCUGGUGUUCAAGGGCCAGUACAAAGACAACAACCGCUGUGGGGAAUGCUGGGUCUACUACCCUGAUGGGGGCUGUGUGUUUGGGGGGGUGAAUGAGGACGGGGAGAUGACCGGUGGCUCCGUGGCGUACAUCUACCCCGACAGACACACGGCUCUCUACGGAAGCUUCGUGGACGGAGAGCUGAUCGAGGCUCGACUCGCCACCCUGAUCUCCCAUGAGACUGGAAGGCCACGUUUCGAAAUCACACCCAACAGUGCUGUUUACUCAUACGACAAGUCCACAUCCACCUGUAUCGGCACCCACACUCUGCUCUCCGACCCCUAUGAGAGCCAGAGGGUGUUUGUGGCAGACUCUACGAUCAAAGGUGCAGGACAGGGUCUGUUCGCAAAGACAGACACUGAGACAAACACUGUAAUGGCCUUUUAUAACGGAGUACGCAUCACACACACUGAGGUGGACAGCAGAGACUGGGCGCUGAACGGGAACACAAUCUCUCUGGACGAGGACACUGUGCUCGACGUCCCUCAGCCGUUUGACCAGAUGGAGAGAUACUGUGCCUCUCUGGGUCACAAGGCGAACCACUCAUUCACCCCCAACUGCAAAUAUGACCCGUUUGUCCACCCUCGUUUUGGGCCAAUCAAGUGCAUCAGAACCGUGAGGGCUGUGCAGAAAGAUGAGGAGCUAACGGUUGCCUACGGUUAUGAUCAUGAUCCAAUGGGGAAGAAUGGCCCAGAGGCCCCUGACUGGUACAAGCAGGAGCUCACGGUGUUCCAGCAGAGACAGGCGGCUCCCACUGGCCAAUGAGGAUACAGAUGAAUACCUCUGGACAAUAAGACACCCCUCUACCUGUGCUACCUACCACCUUACAAAACUCCAGGAGCAUUAUCCCCUGCAGCUGCAUACCGCACCAUACAUAUGGGAGAAGUUACUGUGCUUCAUAUGGUAUUCAAAUGGAAUACAGCUUGAGCAAUUCAGGCUUUGGAGAUCCAGGGCCAAAGCAACACAAGAACUAUGCAAGACACCAAAUGUUAUUAGAGGAGAAAUGUCAGUGGGUGCAGGUGCUGUCCUGACAAAAAUGUCCUUUGACUUCCUCAUCACAUAUUACUCAUAAAAAUAAAAAUUCACAUGCUCA